AACAACAGCCACCACAACCAACCGCUGGCUUAUUCGGAGGUGGUAGCACGACAACCACACAGCCACUACUUGGAGGAACCUCGCCAGCACCACAGCAAAGUGGAGGUCUGUUUGGAGGGGCUACUCCCGCUCCCACAGUUCCAGCGCAGCAAAUGACGCCUGAGGAACAGGUAAAAAUUGAAAUUUUUGUUCUAAAACUUGAUGUUGUUGAUACGUAUUAGUUGUUACUUGAAGUUCAGGUGCAAGAUGCUACUAUCAGGAUCAGCUGCCACUACUUACAUCUCUACUGGAACUUGAUCAUCUUCAGGUACGGCAAAUCUACCAGAAAUACAAUGCUGCGAAGAUGGGAGAAAUACCAGGAAUCCUGCAGAAAUAUGCAGGCCAAUUACCAACACUUUUGCAGAAAUUGGUAAAGAAGUAUAAUGUUGCACCCGGUGAGUUCGGAAUUGGCGCCGUUCCUGGUGCUGCUGUUCUCGGUAGUGCUGCUGCUGGAGGAGCGCCAUCUCCGUUUGGGCAAGCGGGUGCAGCUGGAGCGCCGUCUCCGUUUGGACAAGCUGCUCCGGCUGCUGGCACGGGCUUGUUUGGUGGGAACGCCGCGGCACAACCACAGCAGCCAGCGGCCACA